CUGGACUGAGCAGAGGGAGAGUGAGGGAGCAUCCACAUCGUCUAUGAGGGUGGGGUCCGGCCGGGCUGAAAUCACAAACACAGAGACAGAGAGAAGGGGAGCGAGGCGCCCAGAGAAGAGACGAGAAGAGACGAGAAGAGAAGAGGAGGGAGAGUAACGCCAGAAGAGGAAGACAGCAAGGGAUGAAAGGAGACACCCCAGUGAACAGCACCAUGAGUGUGGGACAGGCCCGGAAGCUGGUGGAACAGCUGAAAAUUGAAGCCAGUUUCUGCCGCAUCAAGGUUUCCAAAGCAGCGGCAGACCUGAUGGCGUACUGUGAUGCACACGUGUGUGAGGAUCCUCUGAUCACCCCGGUGCCCACCUCAGAGAACCCCUUCAGGGAAAAGAAGUUCUUCUGUGCCCUGCUGUGACCAGGACCAGGGCAGCCAUGGCACAGCGGAGAGGAGGGGGAUACUAUGCCUACUCUAGAUUGCAAAUUUCUAUACAUGCAUUUCGGACACACACACACACACACACAUGCAGAUACACAAGUCACUGAACCAAUUGACAUGUGGUGAGACAAAAUUCUUACCAUAAGCUAAGUUUUUUUGAAGUGCAAACUUAUUUAUUAAAAGAUGUCUGUAACAACAACAAAAAGUGAACAAAAAUAGAUCGAAAAACUAAAGUAUAUGAUUAUAUGAUGGGAAAACAACAGUACAUGCAGUCACACUCAUACAUACACACACACACAUAGACAGACACAGAAACAACAGCAAGCACACUUCAUUUUUUGGAUAAUCAAAUGAAACUAGGUGGUGGGGUAGCCGUGGAAACUAAUGACGCGAAACUUUUAAUACUAAUUCUGUGCUGGUCGAUGUCAUUUAUCUUUUUUUCUGUGCAUCAAUAUGCUUUCUUGGCUAUUCAGUGCAUUUCUGUUUGCCUUCUGUUAUUUUGGUUUGGUGUGGAAGAGUGGUGUGUAGCUAGAUGUUGUUUGGGUGUCGGUGCAAGGCGUUAGCCGUCAGACAGCACCGGCAUCUCAGAUUGCAGCCGAUUGUGGGGCGGAUCUGGGGUCGCUAUGGCCCAGGUCUGGCCCUGGUCCGCUCCAUAGUUUGACUGCGUGUCUGGGAUGUGUGUUUGCAUGCAAACCCUGCUCUUAACAUUCCACUGAAUACGCCAAAUCUGUGUCCCUGACCGGAUGGUAGCAGGGACAGAGUCACAUGUGUACACACGCAUCGGUACAGGUGCUGGACAGUCAUACAACAGCAAAACAAGGAGAUGGGUAUUCACAUACACACACUUGUUUAUGAGACGCAGUAGUUCAUUGUCAAAUUGUGACUGGUGAACUUAUAUUGAAUAGUUUGUGGAUAAACAUAUGUUCUUUUUAGCUGCAGGGUGGGUAAACGGUCAAUAGGUUGAGAGUGGCUUUCUGAUGUUGUAUACUUAAAUAUCCAACUCUGGGAGCAACACCAUCAGUUCUCUGGGAGUUUCUUCUCUAUGUAAGGAACUCUUCAUAUUAGCCACAUGCCAUUUGUGUUGCCCCUCUCCUUCUGUAAGGAUGAUAUUUAUGUCCCUGAAUACUGCAGUUUCAUCAUAUCAGCUAAUAUUUUCAGGGACAUCUCGGUUCAAAGACAUGUCAAACAGUCAUCUUUUUAAGGACCCAAUUUCAGAUUUUGUCUGUAAGGAACAUGGGAAAUGUACUAUGCCCAAAUAAAACCCCUCACCACAAA